AUGGUCAGAAUGGCCACUGUUGACACAACGCAUUUUACCCUCGCUGGAGAUGACAAGGAUGAGUGGAUGGCAUCGCUCUCUACGCCGCGAGCCGUGCUUGAUGCCAUCGAGGCUGCUGUAGCAGCCGCGGGCUAUGUGCUCAAGAAGCCGUUUCAGGAAAAUGCAGACCACUUCCGGGCAAAGUUCAAGGGUUAUCCGUCCAAGCGCGGACCAUGGGCUGGCAUCUUUGCCGCCGCCAUCACUGCCAUCACCCAGAUGGGAUACGUGCUUGCUGGUGGCGGUCACUACUGUGCCCAGCCGCAGUUCCAUUUUGUGGCGCCGUCGAUCUACUCGCCGUCCGGCACUAUCGACGAUGCUGCUCCUCCGAGCUACGAUGAGGCCGACGGCGCUGCUAUGAAGGGCGGCAAGUCGAUGAAGGACAAGGCCGCGGACAUGGCCAAGAAGAAAGUUGUGAUGCUCUCGGCAGGCGCGACUGGUGGCUCGAUGAGCACCAACAGUGGUGAGGUCGAUGACAUCCCAGAGCGGCCCAAGGUGAUCCCGCCGGCCGGCGCAGUCUACCAUGUCAUCUCGGCGCAGGCUGAGAAGAUUGUUGUCUCGGCUUCGAUUGGUGAGGAGACGCUUGCAGGGUUGAGCGAGGCGCUCGGCGGCGAGGGCAUGGUGCUGACGGCGCCGUUUGCGCCUUCGGACAAGGAUCGGACGUUUACAGCCAAGGUCGACAAGGUGUGGUCGUUUGAGAAGAAGAUCUCGGCCUUUGACGCUGUCGCUGCCCUCGCCAACGCGCUCUCGACCAUCGGCAUGGUCAUCGAAGGCAUGGCAUACGAGUACCUGUUUGUCAUCCGCGAGCGCGCGCCGUCGGAUCCGCCCGCCGCGCGCCACGCCGCGUUUGCCAUCUCGGGCAAGGACUUUCUCUACGCCACGGCUAACAUGCCGUACGCGGUGACUGAGACAAUCCGUGCAGCGUUUGCACGGAUGAGCUCGUGGGAGGAGGUGCCGACCGGCGGCAAGCAAGUAACGACUACGAUGGAGUACACCACGUUCUACGCCGAGACGGCGGGGCUCAUCGUGGCCACACUGAUGACGCUGCGGGUGCUGCGGUCGUUUGCAGGUGCAGGUGUGGUGCUGAGUGGCGAUGACAACUACGUCGUCUUUCUUGUCCCACUUGAUGGCUCGUUUGUGCCGCUCUCUGACCCGCGGGUGGUCAUCAACCUGUCCCACUCGCGCGUCAAGCUCUCGCCAUGCAACACAGUCGUCCAGACGCUCAUUGCUGAGACGCUCUUGGAGGCUGGGCUCGAGAUGGCGACUGAGGCCGACAAGAAGUUCAACAUCAUCAGUCACAAGCCGUACAGCAACACGUUCGACAACUCGGUCAUCCAGCUCCACAAUCAUGAGUUCAAGUCCAAGUAUGGGGUUCUCGCGGCGUCAAGCGUCAUGAUCAGUCGCAUGAUCAGCCUCGGCUACAUCCCCGAGGCGGUCCAUCACGGAAAGCACAAGGUGUCGUGGACGUCGACAGUUGACGGCAAGACGAAGUAUCACAGCAAGAACUUCCCCGAGGCCAUGAUCGUCUUUCGGCAGAUGAAGUGGGUGACGGCACCGCCGCUCACGCCGACCGAGGGCCGCGGCGUACUCUCUCCGCCAGUCGAAACCGGCGCCAUCCCGCUCCCCGACGGGUGGAUCGAGAAGACGAACCCGGCUACCAACCAGACCUUCUACAUCAAUACGACAAACGGCGAGAUGUCGACUGAGUUUCCGUCGGCGUAG